GACAAAAACGACCCGGGGGCCCGGGGGUUGCGCGCGACACGCGGGCACGCGGGACAUGUGCGCUACGCGGGCUUGAAAGAGCCGUCUGUAUGCGCGAGCGAUCCCGCGAUCGCGAGAAGAAUCGUAAGAUUGCGAAAUUGCGAUCGGGAAGUCUCCGAUUCUUUGUUUGUUUUUCUCUUUUUUUUUUCUUUUUUUUUUUUUAUUCGCGCGCGAUCGAGAUCAAGUCGCUUGUUAUUGUUGUCGGUCCGGUGCGGGACGAUGACUCGAACCAUGUGUACCACUUUGGAGAGGUUUCGCUUUGUCUGGUGAACGAGCACUUUGGAUUCUCGGACGAGGGGACAGUGGCACCUGUUCAAGAAUUGGUCCUCGCGCCGUGAGGAGGGUACGAUGGCAUCGGGAGAAGACGCGGCUUAAAUGCCAUCGUCGGUAAUUGUCCCAUGCUGCGAGAACGCGCGCACAACCUCAUCGCCCCUGCUGUCAAUCAUCGUGCCUCCCGUACGUAAUCGGUUCAGGUAUUAAUCCCGUCAGAUUUUGGUGGCGGGUGGCUUGCUCUAAUUCUCGGCUAAUACUCGUGUGGCGUGAUGAUGUGAGGACCUGCUUGGACCUCGGAUGUCGCAUCCAUCGGUGCGGAUCGAGCCGUUCCGAUGCCGGAAUGAGGCAGCAUCAGGACGUACUUGCGAAUUGGGACGAGUAAGCCCAGUAUCGCCAGGAUUCACCAUCGCCUCUCCCUUCCUUCCAUCCCGAGGACAACCCGAAAAACAACGACCUCGAUCCAGCGCCAUCGUCCCCCCAACGUCCUUCUGGUCGAUACAUCCUCGCAAAUAGACCCGCUUCCGGGAUGGACUCUUAUGCAUACGUAUAGUCGGAGUCAAGGUCGUAUCGGUCAUCCCGAUCUCAUGGUCGCGACGACAUCGUGCGGACGAACGUAGUCCGGAAAUAGCGCGCUCGACAUAAGCGAGCGUAUGUUAUUGCCGUUGAUUGACAGCUGAUCGGAGCUAAGAUCUCGCUCUAGCCAUCUUCUCUGUCUCGGAAACCUGAAGCGGAUAUAUAUCCCGGCAAUAACAUAUGGACGUUAUACGCAGAUAACGAUGUUUCUAGAGGAGGAGAGUUGUCGGAAAUGGGACUUGGAAAUGGUACACGAGCGAACGCGAAUGGGUAACAGAAAGCUUAACAGCCGACCGUUCGAAACUCGAACGUUUCUGUGAAUAGUCAUGUGUGUGUGUGUGUGUGCGUUUGUAUAUUUCUAUGGAGGAUGGAGAUAUCAGAGACAGAAUCAAAUUAAUGACUGCAAUUUGUACAAACGGAUAUAGCUGCGAAACUCGAGAUUAGCCAUCAUCCCAAUCGAACAAGUAUAACGAACUAGAAGAUUGCUGUUCAGCUACAAAGAUAUCUCUAAUACGCGUUAAAUACGAAAAAUUUUAGAUUAACAGUCUCUCCAGCUACGCGAAUGGAACUCGUUUUGAACUUUGCAUUCUUUGGCCGAUAUAAUUUUGCGACUAUCACUAUCUUUAUGAAAGAUUAAAAUUGCAAAUAUCGUCCGACAAAAUCGGUCAACGGCCAGCAAAUCUGAAAAAAAUACGUGAAAGUUUUGUAAUUAUUCGAUCGAACCUUGAACAAAAAAUUGCAAACGUCGCGAUGGGAAUAAUGGCGCAACUGUUGCUGUUAUAAAUUCGGUCAAUGUUUCUCGGUUCCCUAUCAAAUUUCCCUGUAUGCGCUAACGGGACUUUAAAUUCUGACGAAUCUAAAAACUAGCAUGACGCGGUGUUUUUCCUGCGACGACGAUGCGGGAAAAUGUAGCAAAAAUGAAGGCGCGAAAGCGGGUCGCGCGAUAUCCAUUUUGAAGAAAGCUUUUCAUCGCUUUGAGCAGAAGAGCGUUUAAUUGAGGAAGAGGACGCAACGCAUAAACGUGACGUCAUCAUGUAGAAGCAAAAAAACCGUGAGAUGUCGACCCAAACAAACAAGAUUUCCGUCGCCAACGUGUAAUACUUUUCAGAACAUCCGUUGUCAUCGAGUGUGAAAGAGGGGCGGCGAAUCGACAGGGCAGAGUCUCGUUUCCCGUCCGCGGUGGCAGUGACGUCACGACAGUGAUCGGCAGGGUCCAAGGGCCCAUGGCCGGGUAUUGUUUUCGGUGGUGGCUCCCGAUCGCGAUCCUAUCCGGGUGCUUUCCCCCUUUAGCGGCCGACGCCACUCGUAUUUCGUGCACGUCCACCUAUCCCACGGAGGUGGCUCGCGACGUGGUGGUCUUCCUGGGCGAGAGAUGCGACCGGGAGAUCAACGUCACCGAGAUGCAGGAUUACUUGGCCGCGCCGGACGUGGCCGGCGAGCUCUCGAUCAGCGUGAUGCCAAGAUCCCUGACGUGCGAGACGGAAACCGGGGGCCUCGGCGCGCUCAUCCACGCUGUCGGUGAGAGCAACACAAAGGCAGUGAUAGCAGCGCUCGACAGCUCUAUCUGCGAGGUGGCCGCUAAACUCGCGCACCUCGGGAAUAAACCGUUGCUCACAUGGACCUGUCCGUUGAGAGAUUUAAAAGAGAGGGUUCUAUCGUCGAUCAUUAGGCUUUCUCCGUCAUUCCCAUCAAUGGCUGAUGCCGUGACAAAAAUAUUUCUGCAUUUGCAGUGGAAGACAGCGGUCAUUAUCGGCAUAGAUCGUGAGCCGUGGUCCAGCCUGGACCGUGCCGUGAUCAACUCGUUGGGAAGGAUCGGUGUGGUUCUGCGGUACCAUUUAAUUCUACCCCAUCGCGCCACCCUCGACCAGAUCCGCAGGAUACUCAAGUCCGUGCACAGCGUCUCCCGUCGAGCUACGGUACUUUGCCUGCCGCUGCUCGACGAGGUGACGAGUCGCGUUUUGAUCGAGCUAAACAUCGCGUGGCAAAACCACAUCCAGAAUUCCGUCAUCCUGAUGAUCCACACGGAGGAUAUCGACCUCUUCCUUCCGAGAGACGAGAACCCGCCGUCGCCCGCCUCGCUCCCCCGCAUCGAUCCGAUCACCUUGGCCCAAUCCGCGAUUACUCAGUCUUCCAAUUUUUCUACCUUGAAUGUAACUCGCGACGGCCCGAAUGCGAAUCUGGAAAGCGACGAAAGAAGGACGCAGUGGGUACAGGAGAUUCCGCAAAGGUUCUUCCCGCCAAAGAAUCUCAGCAGCAGCACGAUGGAAAAUCUACUCGCAGUCGCGCCGCUCGAUCAAAGGUACGACGUGAGGAACAUCUUCAACGGUACGCAAGAUUACGCGACGCCGUCGUUGCUCGAUCGAUUGAACGAAUCGCUUAACGUGCUGACGCGCGAUAACAGCAGCCUCGACGCCUACAAUAAUAAAAUGUACACAUACGCCUUGUUGGACUGGCGUACCGACAUCGGUUGGCAACCAAUUCUCGCGGUUGUCAACGACUAUCAGCGGCUGCAGGUCCAACAGCUGGCGCCAAACGCAGUGGCGUUCCUCAACAUCCUCGAGACGCCCGACUUGCCGUCCUGCGACGACGACGCCGAUUGUUCGGAUGACUUGGCCGACAUGUCUUUCCGUACUACACAUAUCGUAGCUAUUAUUCUGGGGUCGCUGCUGUUCACCUUUGUCGCCAUCGCCGUCGGGAUUAUAGUCCGAAAGCGAUUGAUUAAGAAAAGGAUGUCUAAAGGCCCAUAUAAAAUCAUCUUAACGACAUCGGACUUUGUUUUUCCUCAAGUGCCUCCAGUAGAUUCGCGAACGGUAGAUGAGGGCAUCGAGGCGAUGCUGUGCUGCUGGCUGCAGCAGCUGCAGGAAUUCGGCGGACCGGAGGUCGAAAAGCCGGAUCUGCUUCAGCUCGGCAGCGUCAAUUCCCUGAAGCCCUAUUUGCAAGCUGGCGUCGGAAACGGGCCGCGGCAUACCUUUUUCAAGGAUCCACGCGCAAGGUAUAACGGUGACUUGGUUCAAUUGAAGGAGCUACCCUUUCAAGGUACGUUCGAACUGAAGAACAAGGCCAUGGACGUGCUGGUCACGAUCCACGGGCUGCGACACGAGAAUCUCAAUCCUCUGAUUGGAUGCCUUAACGAACCUACGAGGCCCUGCCUAGUGUCGGAAUACUGCUCGAGGGGCUCCCUGGAGGACGUACUUGUUCAGGAUGAGAUUAAACUCGACUGGUCCUUCAGAUUAUCCUUGCUCACCGAUCUUGUGCGGGGUAUGAGAUAUCUUCACAGCACUCCAAUACGCGUUCACGGCUACCUCACGUCACGGAAUUGCGUGAUCGACGCAAGAUGGGUCUUAAAAGUCACCGAUUAUGGUCUGCCUGCAUUUUACGAGGCGCAGAAUAUAGUGCCGCCGGUGAAAACGGCUCGAGGCCUAUUAUGGACCGCGCCGGAACUGCUUAGGUAUCCGAAUCUACGGAAAAGGGGAACUCAGGCUGGGGAUGUUUAUAGUUUCGGGAUUAUCAUGCAGGAAGUCGUUGUCCGCGGAGAACCAUUUUGUAUGCUCGCUCUGUCUCCGGAAGACAUAAUUGAGAAAGUAAUGAAGCCACCACCCUUGAUCAGACCGUCGGUUAGCAAAGGCGCUGCGCCACCGGAAGCCAUAAAUAUCAUGCGUCAGUGCUGGGCGGAAACUGCUGAAAUGAGGCCUGACUUUGAUGACGUGCACGAUCUCUUCAAGAAGCUGAAUCAUGGGAGAAAAGUAAACUUUGUAGACACGAUGUUCCAAAUGCUUGAGAAGUACUCGAACAAUCUGGAGGAACUCAUUCGCGAGCGUACGGAACAGCUUGAUAUGGAGAAGAAGAAAACCGAGCAAUUGUUGAAUAGAAUGCUACCUAGCUCGGUCGCCGAGAAGCUGAAGCUCGGUAUGCCCGUCGACCCCGAGGAGUUUCGCGAGGUCACGAUUUAUUUCUCCGACAUUGUCGGCUUCACGACAAUAUCCGCGCGCUCGACACCCUUUCAGGUGGUCGAUCUUCUCAACGAUCUCUACACCUGCUUCGACGACACGAUUAACGCAUACACGGUUUACAAGGUGGAAACUAUCGGAGACGCCUACAUGGUCGUAGGCGGUUGUCCUGUGAGAAUACCAGAUCACGCGAGCCAAGUGGCGACCAUGGCCCUUGACCUGUUACAUCAGAGUGGAAAAUUCAAAUUGAAACAUCUUCCGGACACGCCACUUAGGCUACGCAUCGGUCUUCACACGGGCCCGUGCUGUGCCGGCGUGGUAGGUUUAACGAUGCCGCGUUACUGCCUCUUCGGCGACACGGUGAACACCGCCUCGAGGAUGGAGUCGACCGGGGCGCCGUGGCGUAUCCAUCUGAGCCAAGCGACGAGGGAUCGAUUGACGCAGGUCGGCGGAUACUACAUCGAGUACCGUGGGCCCACCGACGUCAAGGGCAAAGGCAAGAUGCCGACCUACUGGCUGCUCGGCAAGCAGGGCUUUGACAAGGAACUACCGAAACCGCCACCCCUCGGAUAUUUAAUCCUUUUAUCUAUUGCUAUUCUACCGCUUCACUCAGGGAGAAUCAUGGAUUGGAUGAAAGUCUGAUACUGGGAAGCCAUUCUCAGAGCGGAGUGUCGAGCGGAGAUUCAGUGAGCUCUCAGCUGCCGGUGAUACCGUCGCAGGACGAGACGCCCGAGGAAUCGACCACCAACCCUGCCGAGAUGAUCCAACCAGUUC